GCUUUUAUUAAUCUAUUAAGAACAGUUCAUGAAGAAAAUAUUAUCCUAGUAUAUAAUUGUGAAGAUUCUAUUAAUGAAAUAUCUUCAUCUAAACUUCAGCCACCACUUUUAGCAUUGCUUUUAUCAUUAUAUUCAAUAUCAGUUUCCACUGUCUCUAUAUCAGAUUUGUAA